GGGCUCUCGGCUCGUAACCGCCUCCUUUUUUACUCCUUCCUUCCACCUAGCUGAGCUUUAUGGGCUUCCCAGAAGAAGAUGAGUCCCUCAGCUCCUCCAACCUGCUCCUCCUUCUCCAUUGCUCGCCUUCCCUUCCGCCUCCAGCGCUGCGCGGGGCGAGGCGAGGCGGCUCUGCGGCCGGACGGGCGGCGCUCUCGGUGGCGCUUCCUCUCCGCGCCGCCACCCAGGAAGUGUCCGCCUCGGCCGCAGCCCCUCCGGAUCGCGCGGGCGGCGGGGCGCAUGGACGGCGGCUCAGCAUCAUCGCGGCCCUGUCGGUCUGCCCCGUCCCCUGAAGAGCAGCAGCCGUCUCUUCAAGUGCCCGGGAGGAGCGCCAGCCCUUCAGCGUGCCCCCUGCCGGGGGGACCAUGUCACAGGGCAGCGGGGGCUCGGCCUAAAGUGAAGCCGGAUGGCGGCACAAGCAGCCGUAGGGCUGGGCGUGGGAAGUCCAGACCCAGCCACGCCUCAGAGAGACUUUCCAAAGUGGAGCCAGCCACGGAGGGCCCACGGCGGGCAUACCCCGAGCCUGCCAAGGGGCUGGGCCAUUCCUUGCGGCAGAAGCUGCAAGCCGCCGUAGGGCAGUGCUUCCCCAUCAAGAGCUUGUCGCGCUCACCGGACCUCUCUUCCCAGCGCAAAAUUCACCUCCGGGAAUUGAUGCUGGACACCUGCCCCUUCCCCCCCGGCUCGGAGCUGGCCCGCACGUGGAAGCUGAUCAAGCAGCACACGGUGCCCGUCUCCGAGCAUGAGGGCCUGGUUGCCCUGCCCCCCGAGGACGAAGAUGACCGCCUGAGGGAACGCCGCCGCAUCAGCAUCGAGCAGGGCGUGGAUCCGCCACCGGACGCCUUGAUCCAUACCUUUGAGGUGACGGCGCAGAUCAACCCUCUCUACAAACUGGGGCCAAAGCUCGCCCACGGCAUGACCGAGCUGGCUGGGCCUGGCCGGACCGUGCUGACCGCCACUGAUGAGCAGGAUGAAGAGGAGGAGGAGGAGGAAGAAGAGCUGGAGUCGGCCUUUGCUGGGCUGCCGGAGGUCCGAGGAGGCCUGCGGGUGCACACCCAGAUUGACUACAUCCACUGCCUGGUGCCCGACCUGCUUCAGCUGACACAACUCUCCUGUUACUGGGGUGUGAUGGACCGCUACGAAGCUGAGUCCCUGCUGGAGGGCAAGCCGGAGGGCACCUUCCUCCUGCGGGACUCGGCCCAAGAGGACUACCUCUUCUCUGUGAGUUUCCGGCGCUACGGCCGUUCUCUCCACGCCCGCAUCGAGCAAUGGAACCACAACUUCAGCUUCGACGUCCACGACCCCAGCGUCUUUCACGCGCCCACCGUGAGCGGCCUCCUGGAGCACUACAAGGACCCCAGCGUCUGCAUGUUCUUCGAGCCGCUGCUCUCCAUCCCCGUCCACCGCACCUUCCCCUUUGGCCUGCAGCACCUCUGCCGAGCCGUGGUGACCUCCUGCACCACCUAUGACGGCAUCGGGCACCUUCCGCUGCCCCGGGUGCUGAAGGAGUACCUGAAAGAGUACCACUAUAAGCAGAGGGUCAGGGUGCGGCGCCUGGAUACCUGGGGCACCUGAUCCAUUCUUUGAGGACCACCAACCACCGAUCAGCCUCCCAACUCUACCUGCUUUUCCUUCGUGACAAUUAUUAUUCUUAACCCGUCUUCUCUUAGCUGGCAUUCUCCAGAAUGGAUGGGCGCCAUUUGCUGGUACGCCUAGCUAGCAUGCUGGCUGGAAACACUGAGCAUGGCAGCCCGGCACAUCUGGGCAGGAUUUGGGCGGAGAGACCGGGCCCGUCUCCCUCCACUCCUUCCCAGGGUUGUGAGCACAAGGGUGUUUGCAGAGGCCUUUUUCAAUUUGGGUGCAAAAUCCAGCGUUGUAGAGACUUUGGGCUGUGGCGGAGGCCCAAAAACUUUGCAAGCCAGAGCAAAAAAUGAGGACUUCCAGUCAACCGGAAUUCAGAAGUCAGGGCAGCAUCAAAGGCCGGAGGGCCCCCCUUCCCCCACUAGAGUUGGGGAGGUUCACCCCAACAGGUGGGCUCUUGCUGAGGGGCUCUGCGGCUGCCUCCGCUUCCUUCCUGAGAAAAAGCACAACAUUUGGGGGUUUAGGGCUGUUCCAAGCCAGGCGUUUGAGCACAAACGUCCGGUGGGGAGCCGGUGCCCCUUGUUGGGUUCCGCCUCCGGCACAAUCCCGCAUUUCUUUGCGCUUCUUCCAUUCCUCCAGGUUGUACAGGUAGUCCUCGACUUACCAGUGCAUUUAGUGACCGUUUGAAGCAUUGAAAAAAGUGACUUAUGACAGUUUUUCACACUUACAAUUGUUGCAGCACUCCCGUGGUCACAUGUUCAGAAU